AUGAUGGAAGAAAGUUCUGUAGAUGAAGUUAAUGAGACUAAGCCAAAAUCAUGGGGAAAUGCCUAUGCUCAUAAGAAAGAUGCAAAGAUAGAAAGAGUGACUUCAUAUUUAAUGAAUGAUGAUGCACAAACAGAAAUACCCAAAGAAAACACUAUUUCUGCUUUCAAAUAUGGUACUACUUUGGUUCCAUAUACAGAAGAAGAUGAACAGAAUAUGAAGCACCAAUCUGGAGAGAAGGGCUUGAGAGUGCUUGGAUUUACUAAAGCUGAAAAUGUGCAAAGAUUUCAUUAUGUUGGAGACAAGUCGAUGUAUGUAUUUGAACAGAAAAACAAAGAGCUAGCAGGUGUUACUUUAGCCUCUUUUAUACAUGCACUUCAUGAUACAAAAAUGGUUGCUAUUGUUGGACACGUUUAUUCAGCAAGAUCUGCUCCAAAGAUGGGAUUCCUGGCUCCUAAAAUAAGGCAAAGUUAUGAAUGCUUGGUGUUUAUAACCCUACCCUUCAUGGAAGACAUUCGACACAUUGUGUUUUCGCCAUUAGAUACAAAUCCGAACAAUAUACCAUCAGAUGAACAGUUGAAUAGUAUAGAUGAACUUAUUACUUCUAUGGAUUUAACUGCUACUUACGAUGAAGAUGGUAACCCUAGUGAAGAAUUAAAACCAAAGUGUACAGUGAAUCCAUAUUUGCAAAGAUUGUAUCAAUGUUUGCAGUUUAAAGCUUUUCAUCCAGAGAAGCCAUUGCCAGAAAUCUCUCCCCAAAUAGAGGCCAUAAUCAAUCCAUCUGAAAAGGUGCUCAAAACUGCUGAUGCUGCUUUGAAAAGAGUGAAAUUUGUUUUCAGUUUGAAAGAUGUAAUGCAGAAAAAGAAGCAAGAUACAUCUUUUAAUUUGCUGUCUAGUGGAAAUUCUGAAAAUACUCGUAAAAGGAAACUGUCAGAAGAUAGUGGUAUUGACAGCAAGCUUAGCAUUAUUGAUGAUGUUAUUGAUCAGAUCACAAAAAUAGGAACUGUCAAUCCUGUUAGAGACUUUCAAGAAAUGACAAAAAAUGGUGAUCCAAUGUUUUUUGCUCAGGCUGUUUCACAAAUCAUUGAAGUUGUAUGGACUUACCUGGAAGAUGAAAAGAAUGUUAAGUUAUAUCAUUCAAAAAUCCUUGGAGUUUGUAAAGAGCUAAGGGCAUCUUGCCUCAAGUCUCAGCAAACCUCAGAAUAUAACUCUUUUAUGAAAGCAUUACAAAGUAAACUGCUUGAAGUUGAUUCAGAUCUAUGGAUGAAAAUUAGAAAUGAAGGCAUUGGGUUGAUAUCAAAGUUAGAAGUGGAAAAAAGUGAUGUAACCAAAUUUGAAGCAGAUGCCUUCUUGAAUGCUACUGCUAGUGUUAAAACUGAACUGGAAACCAGUGAAGAAAAUCAUGCCUCUGUUGAUAACAGUGAUUAUGAUGCUUUAUUGGAUGAAAUGUGAUGCUACCUGUUGUUACUGAGAAGCUUGGAAAAUCAAAUAAUUAAAUUGAAUGCACUUUCAAUUCAUAUUUUUGUAACAUAUUUUCUGUAGUUAUGAUCGAGUGGAAGUUUUGUAAAUAAAUUGGUUU